AUGUCAUCUAUACCACCCUUCACAAUCCGCCACGCAACAUCCCCCACAGACAUAUCCUCCAUCCGCAACCUCUUCACCUCCUACGUCUCCUGGCUAGCCAUCGACCUGACCUUCCAAAACUUCGCGCAAGAACUCGCUUCCCUACCCGGUCUAUACGGCCCUCCAACCGGCUGUCUGUUACUCGCUGUGUUGGAGUCCGGUGAAGCUGUGGGGUGUGUAGCUCUCCGUCCUCUGCCUUCAAAACCUCCACCACCACCAGCAAACCCGAUCCCGGUCUCUGCUUCGGGUUUGAAUUCAAGUCAGGAAAAGAGUGAAGGGGAGAAGGAGAGGGCAAGGAGAACCUGUGAAGUCAAACGUCUGUUUCUAAUGCCUGCAUCGCGGGGAUUGAGUAUUGGACGUGCGCUGGUUGAGGCUGUGAUUGCGGAGGCGGAGAAGCUGGGGUACGAGGAGAUGAAGCUGGAUACGCUGCCGAGGAUGGUGGGGGCGAGGAAAUUGUACGAGAGUGUGGGGUUUGUGGAGACUGAGAGGUAUUAUGAGACGCUGUUGGAGGGGACUGUGUUUUACAAGAAAGAGUUGGUAUAA